UUUACGACGCUCCUGACUGGCUGUAUCAACAGCCAUUCAAGAGCCUCGUAAGGGACUGGCCUAGACAUCAGAUGCACGGUUGAUGUGAAUCUACUACAGCACCUCGGAGGUGACGCGUAGAUAGCAUGCAAAAGUAGCCACCACUUAAAUUCAUUUGCUUUCAGUUGAAAUUAAGGGUUAACUUGAAUUACGUCGUUUGGGAAGUCAGUUAGUUAGCGUAGGCUGGAAUCGGAGGAAGCCUUUGUCAAGAUGAGCAUUGGAAGACUCGACCAGGAGGACAAGAAGUUGCUCUGCUGUUUCCAGAAUAUUCAAGUUAAGUAUAAGAAAGUUUCACGUUAUUUUACACUAUACUGGUUGUCCAUAAAGUCCCAGUAUCAUUACAAGUAUUUAUUCAUAGUAACGGUACUGGGACAUUAUUGACACCCUGUAUAUUGCAAUAAAUGUUAACCCUGAUAUAACCAUUUCAAUGCCACCUAACAUUAUUCUCGAAUGUCUUUUCCAGCAGGUGUGAGUGGGUGAAAUUCAGGUGUCUGCAAAUUCGUCAUUACUUUUAAUAUUAUUCAGGAGAUGAACCUUAUUUGUCGUCCAAUGGGCAAUUAGAAUGUGCAAACUCUUGUCGACGAGACAUGAGCAGGUGUAGUUGAUGUUCAUUUGUCCUUUGGAGUCUAUAACAAAGGAGUCUCCAAUCGUUAACUCGCAUCAAGAGAUCCUUAAAAUGACCAAAGCGCCUCAGUGGCGUGAUCGGUAUUGUCCUGGCCUGCCACCUCGGUGGCCGCGAGUUCGAUCCUGGGGCAUUCCAUUGAGGGGUGAGAGAUGGUGUAUUUCUGGUGAUAGAAGUUCACUCUCGACGUGGUUCGGAAGUCACAUAAAGCCGUAGGUCGCUGAAUAACCAUACUGGUUCCAUGCAACGUAAUAACACCAUACAAACAAGCAAACAAACAAGCAAUUAAAAUGACCAAAAGAUGUUUGAGUCAGCCGAUACCAGCAGUGUUUCCCAUUACUUAACAGCAGUGUAAUACCUCAUGAAUGCCACGGUUCCGUGGACAAUCAGUGCGAGUUCCAGCGCCUCCUCCUCCUCCUCCUCCUCCACCUACCCCUCCUUUCCCUCCCUGGCCAUCCAGACGUCGUCGCUGACACCUGUGGAGAAGUGGGCGAGGGACGACGGCCUGUGGGACUCCUCCUCCCCAUACCAGGACCUGGUGGACGGAUUCUGGAACGACUCGGAGAGAUUCAUCGCGGAGUACAACCUGUCCUGGGCCAGGGACCUUGGAGUGCCUCCGGUGUGGCUCAUCCACCACGCCCACACGACCAUCCCUGGGGAACUCCACCUGGUCGUGGCCUUCAUCCUCACCACCAUAGGAGUGCUGGGCACCGCGGGGAACGCCAUCGUCCUCUGGGUUUUUACCAGAUUCAGGAGACUGAGGAGUCCGGCCAACACCUUCAUCGUGAACCUGUCUGCAAGUGACCUCAUAACUUCCGUCCUACAUAGCAUGGCUGCCUAUUCGUCAUUUCAACAUCGGUGGUCAUUCGGCAGAUUAGGUUGCAGCGUGUACGGUGGGGGCGUCGGCCUACUGGGUCUGGUCUCGAUCGUCACCCUUACGCUCAUUGCUAUAGAGAGAUUCAUCGUCAUCCGCACCUCAUCCGCCACGUCCAAGUGGCGCAUCACCCGUCGCACCGCAAGGAAGAUCAUCUUUUUCAUAUGGGUGUAUUGCACAGCCCUCUCAAUACCACCGUUUUUUGGCUGGAGUUCUUAUAUUCCAGAAGGACUCUUGACAUCCUGUUCCUGGGACUACAUAUCUCAGGACCCCGCCAACAGGUCCUACUACAUCUACCUGCUCGUGGGAGGCUUCGUGUUCCCCGUCGCAGCGAUCAUGUUCUGUUACUCUUAUAUCCUCUUCGCCUUGUUCAAGCACUCGAGAAUUUUGAUGUCAAGAGCUUUGCCAAGGUCAGCACCAGCUCGUCGAAACGACCUCCGCACUGCCCAGAUGGUGCUGACCCUCAUCCUGCUGUUCAUCAUCAGCUGGAGCCCUUACGCCACCGUCAGCCUCAUAGGCCAGUUCGGCGACGUUAGGCUCCUGACGCCGUGGGUCACGACCCUGCCGGCUCUCUUCGCGAAGGCCUCCGUCAUCUACAACCCGAUCGUCUACGGGAUGAGCCACCCGCACUUCCGGUCGUCGCUUCAGCACCUGUUCUCGAGCGUGGCGACCACGCAGCAGCAGAUGCACUACAAGCACUCGACUGCUGGGGGACCUCGGCACGUCUCCGUCAACUCCGUCAUAGCGCUCCCGGUGGAGUCCCCCAGAAGACACUGGCACUCCGACGCCGCUGGGAUAGCGGGUGGUGGUGGGGGGAGGGCGGCGGCGGCGGCGGCGGCGAUGGGGGAUUCCACCCUGGCGGGGCUCUCGACUGGGGAGUCGCUGUCGUACCUCACGUCCCCGGACAUCAUGAACCUGUCGAAGGGCGACAACGCCAACCUCUCCGAACCGGAUCUGCUGCGACACGACGACCGCAUCAUCCCCGCCCACCUCGUCACCUACGUCUCCUACCACAGGGAGAAGCGGAGGUUCCUCCGCUCCGCCCUCUUCUGCUCGGAGUCCUCCCUCGAGAGGUAUGAUCGCCGGCAGCAGAGGAACAUUCGGCAGACCUACCUAGGUGGGGGCGGGGGCCUCAUGCCCACCACUGCGCCUAAUUGUGUUCUUGAACAGACGGGACCAGAUACUUGGGACCACGUCGCCCUCCUCGCCCCCUCCCUUCCGCUCCGGAGGGAUUCGGGCAACAGCUCGGUGGGCACGGCUUCCCCGGGGCCCUUCCGAAGAACCUCUUUCUCCACCAAUUGCUCCAGAAGUCCUCGGCUGUCGAUGUCCAAAAUUAACGGAACGAAGCCUCCCCACCGUCACUCGAACUGCUGCCAGUGCGCCGCGGGGGACCUCGCCCAGACGGUCACAGUAGCCACCAUGAACAACAGAAGGAGGUCCUCGACCAUCCACGUGUGCCUCAGAGGGAACCUCCACCAGUAUAUGGAUGUCUGAGAAACGUUUUUGACUGAGGAAUCGUUUGUUUAUCAGUGGUGGAAAUGGGGCAUGUUUUUGUGUGCCUCAGAGGGAGCCUCCAUCAGUACGUGGAUGCCUAAGAAACGUUUUGGCCAAGGUUGAAGAGACGUUUGUUGCCAUGGUUGAGGAAUCGUUUGAUCUCCCAGUGGUUGAAAUGUGAAACGUUUUUGUGUGUGUGUGUAUGUGCCUCAGAGGGAACCUCCAUCGGUAUAUGGUUGUCUAAGAAAUGUUUAUUUUUUCCGAGGUUGAAGACACGUUUGCUAAUCAGUGGUGGAAAUGGGGAACAUUUAUGGUGAAAUAAAAGUUUUUUUUUAGGAAAUUUAAAAAAAGAGUCACUGUUGCGUUUUAGACUUUUUUAAUUUCGUGUUUUUUUAUCUUUUUUUAAUAUAAAUCUAUUUUUAAAAACUCUUCCCAAUAAUUUAUGUUUACUUUGCUUUCCUCAUUGUGAAACGAUACUUUAAAACGAUUUUUUCCCAACAAUUCGUGUUUUCCGUUCGUUACUUCAUUAUAAAACUCCGUUGAAAGAAUUUUUUCCCAAAGUCGUGUGUUUUACCUUUAUUUUCUUCAUUGUAAAACUUAUUUAUGCGGAAUUUCGUUUCGUCUUUGUAAAUCUACUUCGGAAGUAAUUUUUCCCCAAAAUUUUGCUUUGUCCAUGAUUUCGUCACUGUAAAUCUACUUCGAAAGGAAUUUUACCACAAAAGUUUGUUUUGUCCCAUGGUUUCCUCAUUGUAAAUAUACUUGAAAUUUUUUUCCAUGGUUUUGCCAUUGUAAAUCUACAUGAGAUUUUUAUCCCAUGGUUUCUUCAUUGUAAAUCUACUUGCAAUUUUCCCAUGGUAUCGUCAUUUUAAAUCUACUUGAAAUUUUUUUCCAUG